AUGAAGCUGCUGGAUCAAAUUAAUCUUGAAGGUCUUAGUUCACAGCUGAGCAACGGUAGUAAGCGAUAUAAAAUUGAUGCAAGACUGGAGAGCUACUCAUGCAAAAUGGUUUCUGAGGAGAAACGACAGUUUAAGGAAUUAGUCUCUCGCCUAAAUAAUUCUGAGAGUUGUAAACAUCCUGUUCUUCACCUUGGUUCAUCACAAACUCUACGGGACUUAUAUGAAUUGACUGGACAAGUGGUCGAUCCCCAAACGUUCCAAAUGAGCUUUGUUCAAGACCAGGCAUCAACGAAUCCUUCUGGCUUGUCUCCUACUAGAAAUUCUUCUAGUGGGAGAAAACGUACUCGAUCGGAGACUUCCACCAAUUUAGAAGAUAACAUCUCAGAUUCUUCAUCUCCAAAAUCGUCAGCAUCAGCGCUUUCAACCAAAGAUUUAUUUUGUUUAAUGAGCACUCUCAACAUUUGUUUUGGACCUACUUACAAUUUCCUAACUGCGAGAAGUGAUGAAUUUUGUCUAGAACCUGAGCUUCGGGUAGUAAAGCAUUAUAUCUCCAGGUUUUGUUCCAUCUAUGUGGAUAAGUACGAAGAUAUUGCACCUGAACUUUGGACUGUUAUUGGCGAAGAAAUUGUACCUGAUCAGUGUCGCAUUUAUAGUUACCGUCCAGAUCAUCUGUCCGAUCCCUAUAGUACAGGUUGUUUGGCAUCUUUCAACUACUUUUUCUACAAUCGGUGGUUGCGUCGUGUGUUAUUCUUCUCUCUUCGUGUACUGAACGAGUCACUUGUUGAAGAUGAAGACGAACUAGAUGAAUCAACUUUGUAUUGA